AUGGCCGGAGAAUCAUACGAGGAAGCCAUCGCAGCGUUGACCAAGCUUAUCAGCGAGAAAGUAGACCUUGGUGGCGUCGCCGCAGCAAAGAUCAAGCAGUUGACGGCGGAGCUGGAGAGCGACGCGUCCAAGCCGUUUAACCCGGACGAGAGGAUCCGAACCGGGUUCGCCCACUUCAAGAAUGAAAAAUUCCAGAAGAAUCCAGAAUUAUACGGUGAACUUGCGAAAGGCCAGAGUCCAAAGUUUCUGGUGUUUGCGUGCUCAGACUCGAGGGUUUGCCCUUCCCAUAUUCUAGAUUUCCAACCGGGAGAAGCCUUUGUGGUCCGAAAUAUCGCCAACAUGGUUCCACCGUAUGACAAGACCAAGUAUUCAGGAACAGGGGCGGCCAUUGAAUAUGCAGUGCUACAUUUGAAGGUGGAGAAUAUUGUGGUCAUUGGACACAGCUGCUGUGGAGGUAUAAAGGGCCUCAUGUCUAUCCCAGAUGACGGGACCACUGCAAGUGAAUUCAUAGAGAAUUGGGUCCAAAUUUGUAACCCGGCAAGGUCCAAGGAAGCUGUGAAUGUAUCAGUUGGGAACCUUUUGACUUACCCAUUUGUCAGAGAUGGUGUUGUGAAUAAAACGCUUGCUUUGAAAGGUGCACAUUACAAUUUCGUUAAGGGUACUUUUGAGCUGUGGGAUCUAGACUUCAAAAUCUCCAACACUGUGACUGUUUAA